GGCAUUUAAACCGGAGACGGCGCGAUGCCCCGCACUCGGUGCGCCCUCCGCGGACCGGGCGACCCAGUGUGCAGCGAGAGCGGUACUCUCUGUCUGGCUGACCCCGCGCCAAGCCGGGGCGGCUCGGGCCGCGGUCGCACACCGCGCCCCGCGUCGAGAGCGCAGGCCCCGGAGACCCGCAGCACUGACAGCAUGAGCCGCACCGCCUACACUGUGGGAGCCCUGCUUCUCCUCUUGGGGACCCUGCUGCCCACUGCCGAAGGAAAGAAGAAGGGGUCCCAAGGUGCCAUCCCUCCACCAGACAAGGCCCAGCACAAUGACUCCGAGCAGACUCAGUCUCCCCAGCAACCGGGCUCCAGGAAUCGGGGGCGUGGCCAAGGCCGUGGGACUGCCAUGCCGGGGGAGGAGGUGCUGGAGUCCAGCCAGGAGGCCCUGCACGUGACCGAGCGCAAAUACCUGAAGCGAGACUGGUGCAAAACCCAGCCGCUGAAGCAGACCAUCCACGAGGAGGGCUGCAACAGCCGUACCAUCAUCAACCGCUUCUGCUAUGGCCAGUGCAACUCCUUCUACAUCCCCAGGCACAUCCGGAAGGAGGAAGGCUCCUUCCAGUCCUGCUCCUUCUGCAAGCCCAAGAAGUUCACCACCAUGAUGGUCACGCUCAACUGCCCCGAACUGCAGCCGCCCACCAAGAAGAAGAGGGUCACGCGAGUCAAACAGUGUCGAUGCAUAUCCAUCGAUUUGGAUUAAGCUGGGCACACCCAGCCUGUCUUAGGGAUGCAGCCUCAGGCAGACCCAGAGCCAGACCUAAAACGACCUGAUUCUUACUUGGCUUCAACUUACAAGCAAGAAGAACCACCAGCUGCCUUCUGACAGGAGCCUGCUAGUGCGUAGUUUGUGUGCAUGAGUGUGCGUGGGUGUCUGGGGGGUGGCAGACGCCAGAGGAGGACGCUUCCUAUUAUGCAAAAGCAUCCGCUUCCAGGGGGCUGGCACGGAAAGCCCACACUUGGGGGAGGCACGUGAAAAGGGGCGAGGCUGCGGUCAGCCUCUGCCGGGGUGUUCCACUUGCCCUCCUGGGACCAGAAUCUCCUUUCUGAAUGAAUGUUAAUGCAAGAGGCUACUCUGAGGGCAAGAGACCUGUUUUAGUGCUGCUUUAUACUUGGAAAAGGUAUUUCCACCGGCGCCUGCUUCUUCCCGUCCUCCUACCCCUUCCACAGUCCAUCCCUUCUUAGGAUCUCAGUGACUAUUUCAGUCUAAUUCCUUCUCUGCCCGGGACUCUUAAUUAGCUCAUUCCACCAUAGACGUGACUGUUUCUCAUUUUGGGAAGGGUCUUCCGACUCCAGGAGGCUGGUGUGCGCAAAGGACAAGAGGGACACAGGAGGGAGAGGUGGGUGGGAUGGACGGGUGGGGGACCAGUUGGGCGCAACACGAGUUCCCGCGGGAGACCUGCAGAGUCUUGAAAGGCCAACCCCCAAACAGUGCAACCCAUGCUUCAGCGAGUUUUUUCCUGGUAUUUAACAGAAACCAAGUGAACAGAGGAGAAAUGAAAUUGCCAAAAAAUCACUAACUUUGGCUGUCACUGUGAUAUGCUGACAUUGGCUGUAACACAACACCACACUUAAAACAUAAAUAUUGGCCACUCUUAUUUUCAGAACCGGGUGAGUGAGCGAAACCAAGAGGACCCCCGCCCCCGACUCCACCCCUCAGGCAGAAAAUAGACAUAGUUCAGAAACCCCUGUGCAGCGACAGGAAGAAAACGAACACCUCAUAAGCAGAAGGUCCCCGUAUUUUUCCGUUUGCUUGGUUGUAGCCACCUCUUUCCCAGCUUAUUAUUUCUGUGUAAUGCUUGUGAAAGCCACAGCCCUGUAUUAGAAAGAUUCUCCCUUUGCUGUGUCCUUGUCAGUGAACCAGGCUAAGAGGGGAGAGUCGAGGGUCUGCUCCUUUUGAGCUAGAAAUAUAUUAUGGGUCUUUUUGUUUCAGUCAUUGGUAGAAGAUUGAGCAGGGGACCAGAAGAGAAUAAAGAAAUAAAGGAGACUGCCUCUGGCUAAGGAGUAGUUUAAUACGGGGAGGAAGUGUAAAGGACGUGUCCUCCUCAUCUUUCCUUGCCUUCUCAGGGUCUAAUGAGAAAUCCCAGUUGAGAAUCAGAGCAUUGGGGGGUGG